AUGGGGCAGCAGGGAGCGCCUGCCUGGGAGCAGAACCCCAAGUGUCGGCCAAGAGAAGAGGUGUGUGGGACAGGAUCCGUGCCGUUCCUCUGCUGUAUCUACAUCAAGCUGGCCAUGGCUGUGGGUGCUGCGCGCUGGCUGGCCCUGGUACUGGUGCUGCUCUGUCUGGCGCCGCCAGCCCAGUGUGGGUGCCUGGGACCCUGCAGGUGCUCCUUUGCCAUGCUGCAGUGCCUGGAGCCCGACACUUUGACCAGCAUUCCAGUUCUGGCACCACAGGAGAGCGAGAACGUCACCGAGAUCUACAUUGAAAAUCAAGCCAACCUGGAAAACAUUACAGAGUUAGAUCUCGCCAGUUAUCGAGAGCUGAAGAACCUAAACCUGGCCUCCAACUCCCUGGAGCACAUCAACUGGAGGGUGUUUCAUUUUCUUCCCCUUCUGAACCUAGUUCUGAGGGACAACCCCCUUGCCUGCUCUUGUGACAUCCAUUGGCUACAGCAAUGGCAGCGAAGUGGGCGCGGUGACAUUAACCAAUCAUUGAGUUGCCGCUCCAAUGGACUCAUUCUGCUGUUGGAGACCAUGAUGAUAGAGAAUUGCAGUAUGCCUGAGGUCUCUAUCAUUGCUUCCCAGCUGACUAUUCAGGAAGGAGGGAAUUUGACCUUCGUCUGCCAGGUGACAGGUACCCCCACCCCUGUAGUGAGGUGGCACACAGAACGCCUGGAGUCCCAUUACACCCUCCAGAAGAGGAUCUGGGGUCCCACGCUGGAGCUGGUCCUGCAUCUGGUGGACGUCUCCCGUAAAGACAACCUCUACAACCUGACCUGUGAGGCUGAGAACAGAGCAGGACCAGGGGAGGACAUGGUCCUGUUGGACAUUCAGUUUCCAGUAAAGAUCCUGUGGCUAAGAGAUGCCGAACCUCAGCAUCACUGGUGCUUCCCCUUUGCGGUGGACGGCAACCCCGCCCCCUCUAUUCGCUGGCUUUAUAAUGGCUCCAGGCUGAAUGAGACAGAGUUCACCUACACCCAGCUGAUCCCAGACAGUGACGACGGCUCAGUGCAGCAUGGCUGCCUUUUCCUUAACAAGCCCACCCAUCUUAACAAUGGCCACUACACCCUCAUUGUGGACAACGGACUGGGCAGUGAUCAUGCAACUGCCACUGGAAAGUUCAUGGACAACCCCUUUGACCCCUUCGAUCCAGAAGGGAUCAUUCCUGCUCCCACUGACAGAUCCAGUGAAAAUGUCACAGAGAACCUGGAGAGCAGGGUUUUUGGAGUCUCAGUGGCUGUGGGUCUGGCUGUGUUUGCCUGUACCUUCAUUCUUCUCAUGGUUCUGGUCAUCAACAAGUGUGGACAGCGGUCCAAGUUCGGCAUCCACCGGGCAUCUGUCCUUGGCACUGAAGAUGACCUUGCAGUCUCCCUACGCUUCAUGAACUUUGGGGCCAGCCCCCCCUCUUCAGACGAGGGAAUGCUUGACUCUGGAUUGUCCAGCUUUGUAGAGAAUCCCCAGUACUUCUGUGGCAUCAUCAAGGACAAGGACAUGUGUGUUCAGCAUAUUAAGCGUCAGGACAUUGUGCUGAAAUGGGAGCUGGGAGAGGGAGCGUUUGGCAAGGUCUAUCUGGCAGAGUGUGCAAACCUCAGUCCUGACAGUGACAAGAUGCUGGUGGCUAUCAAGACUCUAAAGGACGCCAAUGAGUCCACGCGGCAGGACUUCCAGCGUGAGGCGGAGCUGCUGACUGUUCUGCAGCAUGAGCACAUUGUCCGUUUCUAUGGGGUUUGUGCCGACGGAGAGCCACUGGCCAUGGUUUUCGAGUAUAUGAGGCAUGGUGACCUCAACCGCUUCCUCAGGGCACAUGGCCCAGACGCCCGGAUCCUGGAGGAGGUGAAGAUGCCCCCUCUGGGUCAGCUGACUCUGCCACAGAUGCUACAGAUUGCAGCUCAGAUUGCCUCAGGGAUGGUGUACCUUGCCUCCCUGCACUUCGUCCACAGGGACCUGGCCACUCGAAAUUGCCUUGUGGGGGAGGGCCUCGUGGUGAAGAUUGGGGAUUUCGGAAUGUCCCGUGACAUAUACAGCACCGAUUACUACAGGGUUGGUGGCCGGACCAUGUUGCCCAUUCGCUGGAUGCCACCAGAGAGCAUCAUGUACAGGAAGUUCACCACUGAGAGUGACAUCUGGAGCUUCGGCGUAGUCCUCUGGGAAAUCUUCACCUAUGGGAAACAGCCCUGGUACCAGCUCUCCAACAGUGAGGCGAUAGAGUGCAUCACGCAGGGAAGAGAGCUGGAGAGACCCCGCACCUGCCCCAAGGAGGUGCACCUCCUCAUGCAGGGCUGCUGGCAGAGGGAGCCCCAGCAAAGGCUGGUCAUCAAGGACAUCCACAGCCGCCUGGUUGCCCUGGUCAAGAACCCUCCCGUCUACCUGGACAUCCUGGAAUAG